UACGAAGACUCAUGACAAGCAGCUAGCUGAUCAAUUGUACGUAGUGCCGGCGGCCUGAUCCACAGGCUAGCUGAUCCCCUGCCGGACACCCUGGUCACGAACCGAAAGGGUUGGCUUCCCAGCAAGAAUGGCAACGAUCCAUGUUGAUCAUCCCAUGAUGUCUAUUGUUUUCGGCCUUCUUGGUAACAUCGUGUCAUUCCUCGUAUAUCUAGCCCCAGUGCCAACCUUUUACAGGAUAUACAGGAUAAAAUCAACACAAGGAUUCCAAUCGCUGCCUUAUUCAGUUGCACUAUUUAGCGCGAUGCUGACGCUUUACUAUGCCUUCCUGAAAAACCAUGAAAUUUUGCUCAUCACCAUCAACUCCAUCGGCUGUGCCAUUGAAUCCAUUUACCUAGUCUUGUUCAUGAUAUAUGCACCAGGGAGAGCUAGGAUAUAUACCGCAAAGCUGCUUGUCUUGUUUAACGUAGGGCUUUUGGGCUUGAUCAUACUCUGCACAUCCCUCAUUCGAGGAAGUUCUCUCCGGCGUACAGCUGUUGGAUGGACUUGUGCGGUUUGUUCUGUUUGUGUUUUUGCUGCUCCUCUCAGUGUCAUGAGGCUGGUUAUACAAACAAAGAGCGUGGAAUUCAUGCCAUUUUCACUAUCAUUCUUCUUGACAAUCAGUGCUACGAUGUGGUUCUCCUAUGGUCUAUCCCUAAAGGAUCUCUUCAUAGCGACACCAAACAUACUAGGUUUCAUAUUGGGGAUGACUCAGAUGAUACUGUACGUCAUUUACAUGGACAGGCCGAAAGAUCUAAUCUUUCCAGAAAUGAACAUCCAAUUAGAUGUACCAAGUGGCCCUGCUACUACAGCAAAUGAACAUGAGCUCCAGUUGAGCACAACACAGACAACAGAGAUUAUUAUCCAUAUUCAAACGGAAGACACAACACAGAAUAUUAAUACAGGCGCCGGUACUACUGCACCUCCUAUUGAGCCAAGUGAUCAGGAAUUCAAUAAUAAUGUGUGAUAUAUCGAUCGGCUAUAAACCAGACAAAGACGUACAUGCAGCAUGUCUAGUCAAGGGAGAUGAUGAUGAUCAAAUGCAGAUUGAGGAAAGCAAUUCUUGAGAAGGAGUACUUGGAUCGACACAAAGGAAAAAUAAUCACAACGUUUUGUUUGGUUUGUUCCUUAAAAAGUAUUGGUGUGGCCCAAUAAAUAAGAAUAAAUUAAUGCAUGCGGACGUGUUUGUUGGAGAUAAAUAAGUAAGUAAAUAGACAUGAAUAACAUCAUGAUCAUGAUCAUAUACACUUAA